UACUCCUUCACCCGCUCAUCAUGGAGGAGUUAGGCCUGCCGUUCCCCGCCUGUAACUACGGCGGAUACCCCGGAUUCUUCCCCUUCUACCCCGGGAACGCCAAGUUCAAGCUCCAGAGAUGGGAGAAGAAGGGCGGCUUCCCGCUCCCGGAGAUCCCGGAGUACUUCGAGCUCUACAAGCGCAGCCAGCUGAAGGCCAUCCUGUCUCAGGUCAACCCCAACCUGACCCCCCGCCUCCGCAGGGCCAACACCCGGGAGUUCGGGGUGCAGGUAAACCCCCGGGUGGACGCCACGGUGCAGUGCUCGCUCGGCCCCAAGACGCUCUCUUACCGCGAGGAGAAGCUCAGCUCCCCCCGGCGCAGCGGCGCGCUCCCCGGGGACCCGCUCCCCUCCACGCCGGUCAACAGCGUGCGCUUUUCACGCCCGCUCGCCAUCUACUCCCCUGUGUUUGACCGCAGGUUCUUCUCGGUGCCGCCUCGCGCUGGGGGGCGGGAGGACAGCGCGGGGGGAGACCAUCCUGAGGGGUGUAAAUCUGGAGAGGAGACCGAGGACACGGAGGAGGAGGAGGAGGAGACCGACAACGAGGAGGAGGAGGACGCCGAGACCGAACACCCGAGCCCGGAGAGAAAGCAGCGUCCGCCGCGGAGCGCCGUCCAGAGCCGCGGGCCCAAAGCGCUCGGCUUUCAGUUCCUGGAGCAGAAAUAUGGAUUUUAUCACUGCAAUAAGUGCAAUAUUCGCUGGGAGAGCGCCUAUGUGUGGUGCAUCACAGGAUCUAGCAAGGUUUACUUCAAACAGCACUGCAGAAAAUGCCAAGCAGGACUGAACCCAUACAGAGUGGAGUCUAUUCAGUGCCAGAUGUGUGAACAGUCGCGCUGCAGCUGUGAGCAGAAGCAGAGGCAUAUUGAUCUGAGACGACCUCAUCGCCAGGACCUGUGUGGUCGCUGCAGAGGGAAGAGGCUGUCCUGCGACACUACCUACAGCUUCAAGUACAUCGUCUGACUGCCCCGUGUCUGUCUUUUUAUAAAUGUUGUUGGCAAUGAAUUGAGUGUAUUUUUGUAUUAAUAUUCUUGUAUAAAACUAAAUAAAGGGUACUGCAGCAUU